ACGUUGUGUAGUGGCAGCAGCUGCCGCCCAGUCUCGGGUCCCCCUCGGAAGCCCCCGUAUGCCCAGCGCCAACAUGGACCUGUUCGGGGACCUGCGGAGGAUGAACAAGAGGCAGCUCUACUACCAGGUUCUGAAUUUUGCCAUGAUAGUAUCUUCAGCUCUAAUGAUAUGGAAAGGUCUUAUUGUGGUGACUGGAAGCGAGAGUCCAAUUGUCGUCGUGCUAAGUGGUAGCAUGGAGCCAGCUUUCCAUCGGGGGGAUCUGCUGUUCCUGACAAACUUCCAGGAAGACCCCAUUCGCGCAGGAGAAAUUGUAGUGUUUAAAGUGGAAGGCAGAGACAUCCCCAUCGUUCACAGAGUCAUCAAAGUGCAUGAAAAGGAAAAUGGAGAUAUCAAAUUCCUCACUAAAGGAGACAACAAUGAAGUCGAUGACCGAGGCUUAUAUAAGGAAGGGCAAAGUUGGCUGGAAAAGAAAGAUGUUGUGGGGAGAGCGAGGGGGUUUUUACCAUAUGUUGGUAUGGUUACUAUCGUCAUGAACGAUUACCCAAAAUUUAAGUAUGCGGUUUUGGCCAUUAUGGGCGCCUUUGUACUUUUAAAGCGUGAAUCCUAACACUGGAGAAAGGCGUGAGAAUAAUCAAGGCAUCAUUCAGACUAAUAUAACUAAUAUAUAUUGCAUUUUCUUCCCUUUAAUAACGUAACAAAUAGCUGGGAACGGUUCUGGAAAUAAAAAAAACUCAUGUUUUAGGUAUUUAUUCAGAUAACGGUUUCAUUGUACAUGAACUCGGUCGACAUUUUAUAAAACAAUGUAAAAUGUUUUUCUUACGAUAUGACCUAAUAAAACAACAAAUAACA